GCUGCCUCGGUAGUUUGUUCUGUCCACCAGGCAGGAAGUCCUUGCCGCCCAAAGAAACUUAAAACUUGAAUAAACCAGGCAGCUGUAACAAAAACAGACAAUGGAAACGAAUAGACCAGUGGAAACGACAGUGAACUCAGCAGAGGAUGUGCCUGACCCAGAAGAGGAGGAAAAGAGGGCAGCAGCUGCAGCCCGGGCUGCCAACCAUCUUCCUGAACUCCGUCUGGUGAUGCUGGGUUGGAGGUGGCCAGGAAAGAGCCUGACCGGCAACACCAUCCUGGGCCGAGAGGACUUUCACUUGGAACGAGCAGCCGAGUUCAGUGUGAAGAGACAGACAGAUGUGCAGGGGCGGCAGGUGAUAGUGGUGGACACACCAGGCUGGUUCUCCAACCAGGAUACGCCGCCCUCCUACCAGCAAGAGAUGGUGAAAGCAGCCUCCAUGUGCCCUCCGGGUCCCCAUGCCUUCUUGCUGGUCAUCCCUGUGGGUAUGUUCACAGAGGUGGACCGGGCUCGUAUCGAGGAGCAUGUGAGCUUGUUCGGUGAGCGUGUGUGGAGGCAUACACUUGUGGUGUUCACCUGGGCCGAGGUGUUGAGGAGCAUUUCCAUAGAAAGGUACAUCCGCAGGGAAGGCAGGGACCUGCAGUGGGUGCUGGAGAAGUGCAAGAAGCGGUACUUUGUUAUUAACAACUGUGUUUUUGGGGAGCAUCCCCAGCUAGGGCGGUUAAUGGAGAAGGUGGAAAAAAUGGUGGCUGAGGAGGGGGGUUUCUACAACCCAGAGGAAGUAGAGGAGAAGAAGAAACCUCUGGAUGAGAACCAGAACCCGACUGAGAACAAGGCCAGAGAGGGGCGGGAGUUGGGGGCACGGCCCAAACAGAACUCUUCCCUGGCAUUGGCCAAACCCAUGGAGGUGGACCCACCACUGAGUGAGUGAUGCAUUUAGAGGAUAUUUCUUUUUCUCCAGUUACACUUGUUAGCCUUGUAGUAGUUGAUUGUAGGGCUGGGUGAUAUGGAUGGAUUCAACUAUCACAAUAUCUUACACCUCGAUGUCGAUAUUGUAGGAAGUGGUGCUUUCAUGAGAUAUUUGCACCCAAGAGAUUUUUGAUAAACAAUCAGUAAUGUGGAUGUGAUGACCAAGCAGAUGGAGGCAAAUAAAAUUGCAUGCCUUUACUGUAAUGCAGCCUUUAAAACCAGGAAAAGACAACAUGCCACUUCUCAAUAUUACAACCUCCAAAUCCCCAGACAGUAUUUAGUGUCAUAUCAUGACAUCGAUAUAAUAUUUAUUCAUCACCCAGCCAUACCAUGGACCAGUGUGGGAUCUAAACUAACACUUACAUAAGACCCUUAUUUUUCCAAUGCUGUUUUGUCAACCCUUUAUACCUGUCCUAUGUCUGCAUAAAAACCCAAGAAGGAUAAACAAACCACGCACAGCAAGAAUCCUCUCUGUGUAAAAACACUUCCCUGAGAAUUAAACUGAUGUGAAUGGCAAAGCUUGGCCAACUACAUUAACUCAUUGUGUGUUCAAUUCUAGACUAACUGGACACAUUCAUUGGCUGAUGGACCCCCCUGAACCACCACUAAUGGAGCCUCUUCAACCUUUUUACUGAUUGUAAAGCUGCUUAGCUGGUAUCAUCAUCAAAACAGAGCCUCGGGCAAGGGUAAUUCACUGAGUUUGACUGUAUUUGCAAAGAAGUAUGAUUAUUUAUUUAUGUAAACAGAGAUUAUACUGUGUGUUUCAGUGGUGUGCAGUCAUUAUGAUACAGUAUCUUCUCGCUGUGUUAGUUUGUCAGACUACUGUGACAUGAAUCCCUUUUCCUGCUAUCUAUUGUUUUUAGCCCACAUGUUUUUCAUAUAAGGGAAUUUUGGGCUUUGCUUUGGUAGAUGUCUUCAUGUGGGAUUGUAAUAGCUCAAGGAUCAUUCAUACUGGUUGAACGAAGCACAAAUUGAACGAAAGCACAAAUUGCGACUCAGGUAACCGUCACAAAUUUAAACUCAUUUUGAAUACUCCAUAGUUUUGGCGGAUACCAUUGGAACAAGUGCACUACUUAAAUAAAUUGUAAUGUUGUGUCAAGGGAAUUGGUUUUAAAAGAUUUCCAUUUGUUGUGACCAAACUGAAAAUGCCUUUCUUAUGCUGCAUUGUUUUAUUACACUAUUAGUGAACAGCUACAAAGCAGUUGUGCAGUUAUUGAUUUUUCUUGGUUGUCUAUUUAGCGUUCCUCAAAGCACUGGCUCUCAAUCCGGGACAUCAGGACUAAGUGUACUGCUAGCUUUCCAUCUUGCUAGGUAGUUUAUUGCAUUCGGUGGGAAUCCCAGGUUUAAAUCAGUUCACUGAUUAGACAGGUAGAAUGAAAGCCAGCCUCAGUGUUGUCCAGUGGUGGUGCCAUAGAGGGCUAUGUCUGCCUAUUUUCCUUCCUGCCAAAGUACACCAGGACAUUUCAUUAAUUAAUGAUUACUGAUUAGUGUCUCCUCUCUACUCGAAGAUGUACUGAUCGGUGAAAUCACCUGGUGUUGUGGUUCGUGGGAAAGAAAACUUGCAGACUUAAACAGCACUGUCCUACCUUAUAACUAUUGCUUUGCCAUUAUUCAGUGGAUCUGUUUCCAUACUGGCUCUCAGGAUUCAGAGCCUGGAGGGUUUUUGUUCUAGCCAUCACAUCAGAGACUGAUCUACACUUGGUGUGUCAGAUGAAUGCACUCAUUUAUUUGGUAGAAUAGAAAAUCAGCAGAAUUGGCUACCAGAGGAGCAGAGGUACAUUUGGACUGGGAUACUCUAAUACUAAACACACACAAGCCAUAGACUUACAUGUUGCAUGCUGUGUGUGGUGUGUAUACUGUCACUAGUAUCCCAGUCCAAAUAUGGGCCGAGAUUAAGAAUCACUUCCAUAGACUGACCCUCUUUUUGAAAACAAUUCUUGGUCUUUUGCGUGAAUAUGUUUUAUGUACUAUAUAUCAAAUCCAAUGUUGUUGAUUAUUUUGACAAUCAUCACAUGCACUAUAUCACCCACUGUGGGCAAAUACUGACUUGUUCAUAUAAUGAUAUAUAAUAAGGAAAGCUCAAGCCAGAAACGCAGGCCUAACUGUUGGCCUCCAUUGUUGUUUAGGGGAUUGUUACUUAGUUUUCGCCCCUUGAUGCAUGGUUCUCGGUCCAACACAUGAAUCAAGUUACUUCUGAAUAAUUUAUUGAAGACUGAGUGUUUUCUCUUUGGGGAUUAAUGUCUGUAUCUGGGAUAGGAGACCAUGUGCAGUGGGUUGCUGAGGGGAUGCAGGUUUUCUUUGCAGCCAAACACUAGAUGGCAAAAUUCUCUGAUUAGUACACCUUCAUCUGAAGAGGAAGAACUGAUCAGCUAAAUUGCCUGGUAUAGUCUCUGGUUGGAAUGAAAACCUGCAGAUUCCCAGUGGCACAUGGUUUCCUGUCCCUGUGCUACAUGUUGUACUUUUUAGAUUUGCUACACCUUUUAUUUGCUUAUACAAUUGAGAUUUGUUUGUGAACAGACUGGGGUUUCUUUAUUUUAACAAGUGCUGUGCUGUUUUUUUCUAUUAUAUCCAAAUAAAUGUAUAUUUUGAUUUAACUCUAGAAUGUAUUUUCUUUGAGUGUCUGACAAAUGUAGACUAUUAUUCAAAAUCCCAUGAGUAUUUUAUCAUCCUGAGGCAGAUACCUCUUUAAAUCCGCAAAAUAGUGCAGCUGAAGUAGGCUAUUGGCAUAAAAAGGACAACAGUUGUUAUGGUAAACGUAAGUUAUUUCCCUC